AUGCGCAAGUUGUACGUAGAAGACGACAGCUUUCGCGUCACACGUGAAGGCUACUCCCACCUGAGUGACUCAAAAUGGGAGGCAGUCGGCCGCAUGAGUGUGCUCACGGGCGACCACGCCAUAAGUGGUAUAUUGGAGUCUCUAAACAGAGACCAGCAACAUGCUGCUAUCAACAAGUUCCAACAAGGGGAAAUUGCCGUCGAACGACAGAAGAUAGCCUUGCUACAGCAGCAAGGCUCCCGUCAGUCGAUGGGCGGGCCGACGCACACGCGUCGACCCGAAACCUUGAAGAUUGACAUCUUAAGGUACAAGGGAACCGAUGAAGAUUCCCUUUUGAGAUGGUUCGUCGAGUAA